AUAACUUUGGGUCUUGUUAGUAUUAAUAUCACAACGUCGUACCGUCAUCACCAAUACAACCUAUAAUUGACUCUUCGAAUACUACAGUUCAACGGCGACUCACAAACAAUCUUAUUGUUAUUAUCACUCUGCUGCCUAGUUUAACAAUACCUUUGCACACAAGGCAAGGCUCGCAAUAAACCAUUAUAUUUAUGUCCGUUUGAUUUUCUAUAAAGAAGCCUUUUGAACCAUUCUUAUAAGGACUAGCCAGACCCAGGACAAGCACCUUUUAUAUCACGAAAGUAUAAAUUUAGUAUCGUGGACUCUCACCCUUCUAAGGACGAAGGCCAACUUCAAAAUGGCAUCUGCCUCAUCUGCGGAACAUAGCAGGAUGCUAGGCGGAUACGCUUCGAAGUCCAACAUAGGUAUUCAUAUCAAGAACCAUUAUCGCUCUCGAGUUUACACUACCGGCUCGGAAGUUUCAGGGGAAGUUAUUAUCACACCUCAAACUAGUACACGAUUCGACAUACUCCAGAUAGUCCUGCUUGGGACCAGUAAAACUUGUACUGAUGCGGUUAAUAUCCCCCAAACGACAGCUCAUACUUUCUUAAAACUCGCAAUGCCCAUCCCGGAAUCCUCAUAUCCGAUCCCCCGCGUAUUUGAGGCAGGCUUGACAUACACGAUACCCUUUACCUUCGUCAUUCCCAGCACACUCACGCUCAAUGCCUGCAGCCAUCACGUUGCCAACAACUCUGUUCAGGAGCAUCACACACGAUUGCCGCCUACUAUGGGUUCCUGGGAGAAGGACGACUUUGCGCCGCAAAUGAGCCGUGUCCAGUACGCAAUCAAGGCACGAGUGUACACGGACGACGGAACGGACGGAUCGAACACGAAAAUUAUGGAAGCUACGGAGGAAAUCAAAGUUUUGCCCACAACACCGGAAGACGCUCCAUUGAGUAUUACCAAGCAGGACGAUUUAUAUGUGAUGUCCAAGAGUAAGACACUGCGGAGGAGUAUAAUAUCGCCUAAAACUGGAAAAUUAACUAUCACGGCUGCACAACCUAGUGCAGCGAUGUUGAUCCCUGACGGGAAGACUAUUACUUCAACUAUAGUGCCCCUUCACCUGGAAUUCGAACCAAUCCCCAUCGAUACCCGACCGCCAAGGGUAACUGGCAUAACAUCUAAGGUCACGGCAGUCACGUAUUUUAGUGCUGGCGGCAUGAGCCACUACCCUAACCUCAAAAACGGGUAUCGAUCAUUUGGUUCUGAUAGUCGCGGCUCGUAUUCGAACACAGUAUCUAUUACCACAGGUCCUUUCGGAGAAGUUAAAUGGAGUCACCAUCUUAGAGCACAAAGCCGACGAAGCUCUGGAUAUGGAAGCGAUAGCCCCUCGUCUGAUACGGAUCUCCCUUCUACACCCACCUCUAAAAAGGCGACGAGCAAUCUCUCAUCUCCGAUCUUCCACUCAGCCCAACUACAAGUCCCGAUCCAGCUGCCGGUGCAGAAGAGAACGUUCGUGCCUACUUUCCACUCGUGCAUAACGUCGCGCGUCUAUGUCCUGUGGUUAACGAUCACUGUUGGUUCCGGCGGGAACAGCGCAAAUCUGACGCUAGGCGUGCCUCUGCAGAUAGGUGUCAGCGGUGCAAACUUACACCCAGCUGACGCCGCACUUCCACCAAGUUUUGAAGAAACGGAAGAAGCGGAUAUAGAAGAGUACCUACGUCCACGCGUCAUGAGGAUCCCUACUGUCGAUUUCCACCAUAACGAAGCUCCACCAGGUUAUGCAGAUAUGCAUUACAAUGGACAAAGGACGGUGGCCGCACACUGAAAGCCAUCGCUCGAUAGCAUUGAUCAAUUUAUUCAUUGAUUAUUUCGCUUUUCGCUCGAAGCAAAUAUUAUACCUAUGGGACCGAGCAUUACAAUUGUCGCGUAGCGAUUUACUAGGAGCGGAUGGUUUGGCAAACAUGGCGUUUGGGAUCCAGGGGGUUCAGGGGCUAAUGAAAUUGGAACGACAAAAUUCGGUACGGGAAAAAAAGACUACGGCAGGGUUGGUAUUCAACAUCUAUUUACGGAUCUAAGAUAUUUUCAACUAUUCAUAUUGAGUAAUGAUACUGUUUAUAUUUUAUUAGUCUAUACAUGAAUGUUACAGUGAUCUACAUACC